CAAACUGUUUCCACCUGAUGACUCUCCCUUGCCUGUGACUUCACGUGUCUGUUUUGUAAAGUUCCUUGAGUCUGAGUCGGUGGGAGUUUCCCAACACCUGACGAACACCGUCUUCGUGGACCGAGCCUUGAUCGUGGUCCCUUUCGCUGAAGGUGGGUGUCUCUUUUAUUCCUGCCUCGCUCACAUGGCUAUCUCUGAACAUACGGCACAAUGUGUAGGUUGUUUUGAUAGAAUAGCAAACACUAUCUGAGCCACUGUGAGUUUUUUGUGACCAAGCAAAAUUCGCUAAGCUUUUCAGUGCUUGGCAUUUCUAGGUAUGUAAAAGGGAAAUGUACAUUUGUGUCCAUGUCUGACAAUCUAGCUGUAAACUUCUCUCUCUGUUAUUUGUGUUGUGGUUUUCAUAGUGGACAAGUCAUUUGCAGAGAGCCCCUUCCUUGCUGGCUGAAAGUGGUCCUCUGCUGCCAUCAGGAGAUUAGAAAAAAUAAUGGCACCAGGCUCGCAAGCCCCCUUCUCUCUCUUGUUCUGCAGUAAAAUAUUAACUCUUUAUUUUUUUCUCUCUGUUCAAGGCAUCUUUUCUUUAAAUUAGCCACACAAUGCUUAAGCAAAAUGAGGGGGUGGUGGGAGAGGGUGCAGGGCAAUCAGUUCCUCCGCUCAAAGACUAUGAUAUUUAAAAAAAAAAAAUGUAUGUCAAUUAGUAGGCAUGCACCAGACUAGGGAUGCCCCGAGCACAUCUGCUGGAUUGGGUUGGAUGCAGAUCAAGAUCAUUUAAAAUUAUUUUUUAAAUAAACCUUCAAGCUUGAACCAUAUCUGAUCCUCUCUUUAUAUUUGAACCUUUUGCACUCUGGGAACGCUGUUUGUCAAAAUUUCCCAGUGAGCUUCAAUUUCUGAUAUCCACACUGACGGCAUGCAUCAGCGAGAAAAGCCACUGUAGGUUAGCCGCUUUGCCUCAAAUUCAGCAACAUUUUGCAGGUGUCGUACACCUCUAAAAAGCUGUUCGAUUGGGUAUACUUUGUUUCAUAGUGUCUAUGUACUUUAGCUGCUGUCACAACAGAUUCAUGCUGGUACUUUUUUGUAGAAAACUGUUAAACACCCUUGACAUACACACUUGUGUUUUCCGUUACUGGCUGAAUAGACGUACUUUCAAGUUUAAAUUGGGCGGUGCUAUGCUGGGUUUGUUUUGGUCACCAAACUCCAGGUGCAACAAAACUUAGCAGUAGAGCGAGGACGAUGUCAAUUAGGCACCGGCUGAUGGAGGAGGAGGAGGAGGAGGAGGAGGUCUAAUCAGCCAAAUAAGUGAAGACUUUAUCCGUGUGGGUGUUUAGGGUGUGGCUUUGUUUUGUUAAUGCACAGCUGUUCACCAAAUUUUACUUGUUAUUAAUUCUAAACUGGGCCUAAUUAGCCUAAUGCUGCAUCCACAUGGAUUCUGAUAAAACGAAACACCCUGUGACAUGAUAUGGUCACGAAGUUGUCGUAUUUUUAUUCAGAGGAUGGAAUAAAAUGUUUCAUAAAGUUUUUUUUAUAUAGCAUUCUGUUUGCAGUCUGCCUGAAUCCACGUACAUGCAGCAGGAGUAUAGGCUGUAUUACAAAGUCAAAUAUAAAUACUGGAUCGUGACUUGGCAGAUUGUAAAUACUAAAUGUGUCAGAUCUGGAGUAAAAUGUUCAGGGCAUCCCUACACCAGCACAAAGCAUGCAGGAUAGAUCAACUAAUCAGCUGUGCAUGCUGUAAUAGAUUUUGAAGGUGUGUGCCAUCUAAAGUUACUUUGAGCAGAUGUUGUGGAAGUUAAUUAGCAUAUAUGGCAGAUUUGGUUAUUAAUCAUGAUCAGCACAAACUGCCUUUGGCAUUUACUUGCUUUAUGUGCCAAAGCUUUGUAUUUUACAAUGUGCAUCUGUAUUUCCAAAUUUUCACUAACACACAAGAUAAAAGUAGUUUUUGAGGCUCUGCUUGAUGUUGCAGUAAAAAUGCUUUUUAUUGACCCUCUCCACACAUGACUCUGUGAGUUGAGUGAAUCUCACGUUUAACAGUGGUAUUUCUUUUGUUGUUGUGUUUUACAGUUCUUUUUCCUGGUUCAGCCAGCCCUAUAUACCAGGCCCUGCUGAAAAUGCCACCAACAGUUUUGUCUUCUGCAGCCUUAUCCUGUUUCUCAAGUGUCCUUUCUGUUGUGUGUGUGCGUGCGUGUGUGUGUCUCCCUCUCUCUCUCUCUCUCUCUCUCCCCCCCUUUUUUAAAAUGUAAAAUGUCAGAUUAAAAAAUAGCCUGUUUUCAGAUUGCACCAUGGAUGAUCAUCUCCAUAAGAUUUUCCCUUUGAUUUUACUGUUUGGUUUCUUCAGCUUUGGGCACAUUUGUCAUGUUUUUUUAAUCACAGCUUUUGCUGUUUAUAGCCAUUAAAUGUUUAGUGCAGUUUAUUUUUGACAUUGUUUAGUGUUUUUAGUGACGUUCUGUUGGCUAAAACCUAGCAGUUCUAUAGCCUGUUAGCAAUAUUUUAUCUGGUUGCCAAGUAAGUUUCCUUUUUGUGGUGGGAUUGUAGAAAGUAACCACCAACAAAAGGCCAGAAAAGGUAAUAUGUGUGUACCUUUUCUGUUUUUGUAUUGGUUUUGGUAAGUGAUGUUAAAAUGUACCCUUGUGUCUACACCCAAAUCAUGAACUUUGUUUUCUGUAUCUCAAUGUUUUUGUGUGCUUUAUAGCGAAGCCGCCGGCACGAGUCGCUUGUUCAUAAAACAUCUAAUGAAAGUUGAGAGCACAUCCCACGGGACAACUGGCUGUGCUUGCUUACGUUUGGUUCAUGACUUAAAAAACAAGUACAGGAGUCAUUCCUGAUGAAUCUAAAGCUAUGUCGCUGCUGGCUCCAGCCAAUGCCGUGGCAGGAAUGAUGCCUGGGGGAGGCCUUCUUCCAACACCCAAUCCUCUGGCAACAAUGGGAGGGACGCCAUUCGGAGGUCUCGGAGCUCCCAACAUGGAGCAAAUGGCUGCCAUGGGAAUGCCGGGCCCAAACAUGAACCCCCAGGCUCUUUCUGCAGACUUCCUGAAGCUCAUGCAGUCCAUGGACCCCAAACUGAAUCCAUUAGCGGCCGGACUGAACUUGAAUCCGGGACUGAAGAAUGACGCCUCCAAUAAGGAGAUUGAAGAGGCCAUGAAGAGAGUCCGAGAAGCCCAGUCUCUCAUCUCUGCAGCUAUUGAACCAGGAAAUAAGAAAGAUGACAAGCGCAAACAUUCCCGCUCCCGUUCACGGUCACGGCGUAGGCGGUCCAGAUCUCGCUCAAGACAUAGACGCUCUAAGAGCAGGUCUCGGCGGAGGUCCCAUUCAAGGAGUAGGCGGAGGUCCAAGAGUCCACGCAGGAGGAGGACUCACUCCCGGGAGAGAGGGCGCCGCAGUAGAUCUAGGGACCGGAGGAAGGAGGAAAAGUCUAAGAAAAGGUCGAAGACGCCCCCCAAGAGCUACAGCAGUGCCAGGAGGUCUCGAAGCAUCAGUCGGAGGCACAGGCGAAGCCGUACUGCAUCUCGGUCCCCCAGAAGGAGGUUGUCCAGGUCUCCAUCCAUCAGACGUCACAAGAAAGAGAAAAAGAAGGACAAGGAGCGUGAGAAGGACCGGGACAGAGAAAGGAGGGAGGACAGGGACCGCAGCAGAGAUGAAAGAGAACGCUCCAGCAGCAAGAAGAAGAAGAGCAAAGACAAGGAGCGAGAUCGGGAACGCAAGUCUGAUAGUGAGAAAGGAGACGUUAAGGUGACCCGCGAUUACGAUGAAGAGGAGCAAGGUUAUGACAGUGAAAAGGAAGGCGAGGAGGAUGACGAUGAGAGGAAGAGCGACUCCGACUCUGUGUCGUCCCCCAAAGGCCAGGAGGAGAUGGAGCGCUCAGAGGGCCAAAUCCCCAAAAAGUCCAAACUGAACGGAGACGACCACCAUCAGGAAGACAUGGAGAUGAGCGACUAAGAACAUCCCCAACCAGACCGUGUUAUCUUUCCACUGUCCUCUUUUAUAUUUUUAAUAUAGGCCACAAGUUAUUCACAACAAAGAUUUGUUGUCUAAACUGUAGAAGCACCAGGGAAGGAGCGGGCAUAGAAGGAAAGCAGUUGAAUCAUUUUUGUAAAGUAAAGAAAAACAAGGACUAAAAAUAUAAUUAACAUGAGACAUGGUUUUAAAUUGUCAUUGCUGUACUUUUUUAAGAUCUGUUGAUUUUCUUUUUGUUGCCUUUGUGUUCAAACGUCCUGACGGUGAAAUACUCAGCGCAUAAAUGCUGUCUAUGUAAAUAUUUUACCAGUCGGGAUUUAGUCCUUUCUUUCUUCAGACUGUUAGUCACUCGCCACGCAGCACCAACUUCAUGGUAACUGUUUUGUUGUUGAACCAUUUUUGCUUUAACUGUAAUGCACCGAUCGUGUUUCAGCUGACCUUCCUAUUUACAACCCUUUGUAAGUGUACACUGUAGAUUGAAAUGUGUUGUUGCAAUGAAAUACAAUAGGUUUUCCAAAGGAAACUAAUAAAAUUGGUUCAAACUGUCAA